AUGCCCAUAUUAAGAAAUAUAAUAAGGUCAAAGAGAAAUGAAGACUCUACCGAGUCUAAUGAUGAUUCAACAACAAGUUAUGAUAAUUUUGAAAUCAUCGAAAUACAACAUAAUGAUAGUAAAGAUAAUUCCAUCAAGAAGAAAAUACCUAAUAGUGAGUUGGCUUCAUUGACUCAUGCCUAUUCAAGAUCAAGAGUAGAACCUGAACACGAUGAAGACGCAGAAGAAGCAGAUUAUGAAGAUAAACAAGUUAAAAGAGAAUUGAAACAGAGACAUAUCGGUAUGAUCGCCCUGGGUGGUACUAUCGGUACCGGUCUUUUUGUCGGUAUUGCCACCCCCUUAGCUGAUGCAGGUCCCGUCGGUGCUCUUAUCGCCUACAUUUUCAUGGGUUCUAUUGUCUAUUUUGUCACUCAAGCAUUAGGUGAAAUGGCUACUUUCAUCCCUGUCACUUCUUCUAUCACCGUCUUUUCACAAAGAUUCUUAUCUCCUGCAUUCGGUGUAGCUAAUGGUUACAUGUAUUGGUUCAAUUGGGCAAUCACUUUUGCAGUAGAAAUCUCCGUCGUAGGUCAAGUCAUUCAAUACUGGACUGAUGCGGUCCCAUUAGCUGCAUGGAUCGCAAUAUUUUGGGUUCUAGUCACUUUAAUGAAUUUCUUCCCAGUUAAAGUCUAUGGGGAAGUCGAAUUCUGGGUCGCUUUCAUGAAAGUUAUUGCCAUUGUCGGUUACUUACUCUACGCUCUAAUCAUCGUCUGCGGUGGUUCAAAGAAACAAGGUCCAAUCGGUUUCCGUUAUUGGAGAAAUCCAGGUGCUUGGGGUAAUGGUCUAACUUCUGACGGUGAACCAAUCUACAGCAGUAAAUAUGAAGGUAGAUUCCUAGGUUGGGUCGCAUCUCUAAUCAAUGCUGCUUUCACUUAUCAAGGUACUGAAUUAGUAGGUAUCACUGCAGGUGAAGCCGCUAACCCAAGAAAAACCGUUCCAAGAGCAAUCAACAAAGUCGUCUUCAGAAUCGUAUUAUUCUACAUCAUGUCCCUCUUCUUUAUCGGUUUAUUAGUACCAUUCACUGACAGCCGUCUAUCUGAUGAUACAACUGUCAUCGCUUCCUCUCCAUUCGUUAUCUCCAUCGAAAAUGCCGGUACAAAAAUCCUACCAGACAUCUUUAACGCUAUCGUCAUGGUCACUGUCUUAUCUGCCGCCAAUUCAAAUGUCUACGUCGGCUCUCGUGUUCUCUAUUCUUUAGCACAUACAAAAGUCGCCCCAAAGAUUUUUGCAAGAGUCACAAGACAAGGUGUCCCAUUCAUGGGUGUCAUUUGUACUUCUCUGUUGGGUCUAUUAGCCUUCCUUGUAGUCGAUAACAAUGCAAACACCGCUUUUAAUUGGUUAGUUGAUAUCUCCACUCUAGCUGGUUUAUGUGCUUGGUUAUUCAUUUCAUUGGCUCAUGUCAGAUUCAUGCAAGUAUUGAAACAGCGUGGUAUCUCAAGAGACGAUUUACCAUUCAAAGCUAAAUUCAUGCCAUGGGGUUCAUAUUACGCUGCAUUCUGGGUCUUCGUCAUCAUCUUCGUUCAAGGUUUCCAAGCAUUCAGUCCUCAUUUCGAUGUCACCACUUUCUUCACAGACUACAUAUCCUUAAUCUUAUUAGCAGUCGUCUUCAUUGGUGCUCAACUAUACUACAGAUGUAGAUUCCUUUGGAAGUUAGAAGAUGUCGAUAUCGAUUCUGACAGAAGAGAAAUUGAAGAUGCUAUUUGGGAAGAUGACGAACCAAAGACCAUCUGGGAUAAAUUCUGGGCUGCCAUUGCAUAG